UUCGAAAUUUUAUUCGACUAAUCAAGGCGAACACAAAAACACAAAAGAUGUGGUCCACACCAAAGUUUGUGUGCCAGUUGUUGAUUUUGAUUUUAUUAGAAGGGCAAUCGAGUGCUAUAAAAUAUAAAUUCAAUCCUGAAAAUGAGGAUAUAUUCACCGAUUGUCCCAAUAAACCUAGUAACGUGCUCAAUGUAAGCGGCCUUUUCGAUACCUCUGAGUCAACCUUUAAAACGGAUUUUGUGUCGGUACGCUUUUCGGGCAAUCUCACCUGCGUCUGGAAUAUUCAACCUGGUGAUCGCAUUCAGGUAUCUUUCGUAUUAAAUCGGUUUGAUCGUGGAACCUGGCAGCCAACUGUAUUCAGUAUAAUGGUUCCUGACUUGUGUUCAGCUCUCUAUGAUGAAGAACAGUAUUGGUACAAGUAUUGGUCCAAGUACAUCAUCAAUAAGGAACAAGUUAAAGAUAAAUGUAUUCUGCCUGGAACUAAAUUUAUUCACGAAACUUUUGAUCUAGAUAUUUUAUUCGAGACACAAGGAUUUCCAUUGAAUGGACAACACAAGCUUGUCCAUAUAUUCAAGGCCUUUGGGGCUAACGGAGUAGAGCGAAAUACUAGCAUCUGUUUUGAAAUUAUAGGCGAAAUUCAGAGGCUGUAGAUAUGCCGAGAUAUAUAUAUAUAUAUAUAUAUAUAUAUAUAUAUAAAUUGCAACUUUAUAUAUCUACUAACAUAAUGUUCGACAAGAAAAUAACAUCUAACCCUGCCAAGGGACCUUGUUUUUAAAUUUUAAAUUUAUUUGUAUUACUACAAACGAGCGCGAGCUUCAUUUAGUGUUGGAACAAGAGGUUUCAGGGUAUUCCCUAGUCGGGAGCUUCUGACUAGGACCUCUUACUUGUUUGCUUUAAUUCUCUGAAGGGCCUCCACGAGACGAAUAUCUUCAUUUAAAUCUAAUAAAUACAUAUCUUAGUGCAUUAUAUCAAUAGCAAAUUCUCAGAUAUAUUCAUUCGGAAAAUAAAUUGUUACUCGAUUGCACUCAGAUGACUUACGACUGCCAUAACAUUUUUCUCCGAGUAUUCGGAUAAUUUCAUUAGCAUCAACAACUAUCCGCAGCAUCCUUUUGCCUACCCGCUGGCCCUUCCACAAAUAUUCC